UGACUUUUAAUUGGACAGAACUCUGUGGGCAUGAAGACCCAGCAAAUAAAUGUUCAAUCAGAAGACCGGAAGUAAGUUUAUAAAUUAAGUUAGCAACCUCACAGCUCCGCGGAACGACACACUUCACUGCCCAUUCGCCAAAAUAUUUCUAAAUUCGUCAUACUUCUGAAAAGUUCCUGCCAUAGACAUAAACAUGGCUCCAAAGAGAAGGGCAGCCGCGGCCUCCAAGGCAGGAGGCAAGAAGGUGAAGAAGGAGGAGCCAGAGCCGGUGCCUGUGAAGGACGCUUUCCAGGCGGCCAAAGACUCCCUGAAGUCGGCCGCUCCACAGGUCAAAGGCAGCCGGAAGCCUGACGCCCACUGUGACUGGCCUGACGCUGUGGUACAUGAAGACUAUGACUGCAUGCUCAAUCAGACCAACAUCGGUCAUAACAAUAAUAAAUUCUAUGUCAUUCAAGUCCUAACGUCAGGAACAAAGCACUACUGCUGGACAAGAUGGGGAAGAGUGGGCGAAGUAGGCGCCAGUAAAGGUACUGGUCCCCACAGUUUGGACUCCGUUAUAAAAGAGUUUGAGAAGAAGUUUAAAGACAAGACUAAGAACAACUGGAGCGAUCGAGCAAACUUCGUCACUCACCCUGGAAAGUACACCCUGAUUGAGGUGGAUGGGGACGAGGAUGCGGAGGUGAAGGUGGACACUGUUGAUGCUCCUACUAAGCCCAAAGUGGAAAGCAACAUCCUGCCUUGUACGCUGGAUGGGUCGACCCAGAAGCUGAUCGACCUCAUCUUUAGCAAGCAGAUGUUCCAGGAGGCCAUGGAGGCCAUGAACCUGGACAUUAAGAAGAUGCCGCUGGGCAAGCUGAGCAAGAGCCAGAUCGCCAAGGGCUUCGAGGUCAUCGAGGAGCUGGAGGCGGCCGUCAAGACCCGCGCCAACCGCUCCCGUCUGGAGGAGCUCUCGUCACGUUUCUUCACCAUCAUCCCCCACAACUUUGGCCGCAACCGGCCGCCCGUCAUCGACGACUCGGAGAUCAUCGAGAAGAAGAAGGAGAUGCUCUUGGUUCUGGCUGAUAUCGAAGUGGCCCAAAGCCUGCAGGCGGAGGCGGCGAAGCCCAAGGAGGUGGAGAUGGUUCCUCAUCCCCUGGACAAGGACUACCAGUCCCUCAAGUGCGACCUUAGCUUAGUGGGAACCGAUACAGAGGAGUUCCAGGUUAUCCAAAAGUACCUGAGUGCCACUCAGGCAGGCAGGAAACUGAAGCUCUUGGAUGUGUGGAAAGUGGACAGGGAAGCAGAGGCAGAGCGCUUCAAGGCGCAUGAUCACCUGGACAACCGUCGUCUGCUGUGGCACGGUACCAACGUGGCGGUGGUGGCGGCCAUCUUGAAGGGAGGCCUGCGCAUCAUGCCGCACUCUGGAGGCCGCGUGGGAAAGGGCAUCUACUUCGCCUCAGAGAACGCCAAGUCUGCCUCUUACGUGUCGACCUGCAAUGGCUUUGGUUUGAUGUUCCUCAACGAGGUGGCCCUGGGUAAAGAGCACACCAUCACCCAGGACAACAGCAGCCUGAAGCAGCCUCCUGCGGGAUUUGACUCGGUUGUGGCCCGAGGCCAGCAAGAGCCAGAUCCUUCCAAAGACAUCACCAUCACUAUGGACGGCAAGACGGUGACGGUUCCUCACGGCGCCGCCAAAAAACAGCCGCAGUACAAGGACAGCUACUUUUGCCAGAGCGAGUACCUCAUCUACAAGGAGAGCCAGUGCCGCAUCCGCUACCUUCUCAAGCUCAAGUUCUAGAAGCUUGCAACCAUCUGAAAGUUCUGUGUUCUUAAAGGUUCCGUAAGCUCUGAACGCUCAACCAAAAACUCCUGAAAAUGAAAGGAGACACUGAAAUAUCCACUUUUUUAUUAUUAUUUUAUUAUUCAGUCCUAUGUGCCUUUCCUCUUAAAAGCUAAUGACCUAGCUUACUGACACUUAUGAACACACGUAAUAUGCCAUAUGGAUGUAGGUGCAAUAUCCACCUCUGUUAACCUGUCAUGUCUACCAGGAAAGACUGGUAUUUUUUGUUGCUGUCGUUGAAGUGUGGGUAGUUAAUAUUACUACUAUUAUUAUAAUGCAUCUUAGUCAGACAGGCUCCUAAGCGAUGCUUGCACUACUCUGUUUAAGGCUGCUCUCUGUCUCUUUUCAAUCUGGCCUAUGGAAGUGUAUGGUUUUGUGUGAAGGGUUUUGGUUUUGUGUGAAGGAAUGAUGGGACAUUUAGCGUUCAUGCAUAUGAAGGUUUAUGCAUAUAAAACAUAUUGCAAUAGGGUUGUUGAAUGUAUAUUACUGUUUAUUAAUGUAAUAGGGUUGUUGAAUGUAUAUUACUGUUUAUUACUGUUAAUUGGGUCUGCAUGGGGCUGUGCAUACUGUAUCAUGAUGCCCAUAUUAUUCUGACCUUUGGUUUACAAACUGGUGAUCGGAACACCAGUAAUGCUGAUGGUUAUGUUGUGUUUUGACACUUUAGUCCACCGGUGGGCACUGUUGAGGUCCAUUAAAAGCCGUUACGACCAG